AUGCUGUUGCAGACCGUUGGAAUGGGACCAGAUACAGUGGGAAAGGAUGGAUCGAGAAGCUCAACUACAUGCCCCCAUAAUGAUCGGCAAACCUUGAGACAUCUUAGCAUGACAAGACCCCUACUAGGAAACUCCAUAUCGCCCAAUCGGCGACGAGCGCUCUUUGAGACAACUAAACGAGUACUUGCCAGUGCGAUAAACGAUGGGAUAGCCUGCGCAACCCUUGAGUCAUGUAACAGCACCGGUCUGUUGUUGUGCUUACGCAGUCCCGGAGGAGCCAUGGCCAGUGAUGAAGACGCUUGGAUUAUGUGCGGUAUGCGAGCUGACGCAUAUACCGAAACAGACGGUGGCAGGGUUCUUGGGUUUGUGCGGGCGGACGAUCUCCUGGAGCCUGUGCUAAGCCGGAACCUCAACGGCGAGGUAUCAAAGGAGCUUGACCCUGGUGUGAUUUGUCGCGUUAUCUGCCGCUGGCGUUCUCGCCAAGAUGAAGAACACGCGGUAGAGACGCUUGUAAAGGAGAGAAAUGGUUGGAUAUGGCCAGUACUCUGCCAAUCCUACAUCUUAAGUCUUCACUAUGUGAUUGGGAGCAAUCAGUCGUAUCUGGACAUCCUACACAUCCGGUACUACAACAACAUUUCCCCCACCUUGUCCUACCUACUCGCCUUAGACUUGAGGUUAACCUUAUCGAAGUUACACCGAGCCUGCCUUGCCCAGUCACCCCUAGAUCCCAUCAUGCCCGAUGAUAUCCCUUAUCUACUAGAACCCGAACUAUCAUUCCUCUGCGUUCCAAAGUCAGACAUGAAAGUCUUCGGACCAUUCCAGUCACUUCUGGACCCACUUUUAGCAUCUCUUGGGAUCCCCAAGCCUGAUGAUACAAUCAAUGAGAUCGUCAUACCGUGUUUCAGUCGCCAACUCCCAGCUAUCACGCCACUAUUCCCGAAAGCACGCAUUCUGAGGGCUGUCCAAAACCGUUGCCGAGCACAACUCUCCAUGCGGACUGUCUCUAUGAUGCCAGACGCGGGCGGCUCCCCGUUGCAUCUGAAGCUAUCGCUGGAUUGCCAAAUCACAUCUCGUCUCAGGACCAUUUCCCCUUAUGCUGCAGCUUUAGUACCCGCAGUCGGGAAGAUCCUGCAAAGUUUGCUUCCCCAGGAUCUAUGGAUCUUUGAAGAAGCAGCUUCUGUUACAGGUGCCCAGGAAGACUUUGAUAAAGCCUGCCAAUUAACAUGCAUUAUCCGAAAGAGCCUAGAAAAACGAGCGGCGGACAUCGGGGAGACACUCAUCCCCAUUGCGGGACUAUCGCAGAGACCUUUCAACGAUGAUCGAACGUACGUGGAGAUUAUAUUUGGUCUUGAUGACUUGAAGGGAAAACAAGCCUGGUUCAGAAAAUACCUCACCAAAUUAAUCUCCCUCAUUUUCCCCCCUAUGAUCCGCCACGGAAUCUACUUCGAAGCUCAUAGCCAAAAUAUCCUCGUCCGCGUCAAUCUCACAAGCAAGGAGAUAAGAGGGUUCGCGCUUCGCGACUUUGACGGAAUCGGAAUCCAUUAUUCUACGUUUCUUCGCCAUCCCAACAACAAGAAUGCCCUCAAAGAAAUCCCCCCCGGUGCACGUACUCUUACUGAUAACUUACCUAGAAUGUGGCAGUUGGUGCAUCAUGCCCUUCUCCAGGUACAUGUAGGUCAUCUCUUAUACCUGUUGGGAUUAGAAUCGAUGGGCGGAUGGCGUAUUGUGCGUGAGGAACUAGAGAGGGCGCUGGACCCUUCCGGAGAUCCAGAUGGUCGGGCACUGUAUGACUACUGGUUAAAAGAGACGAUGUUGUCUAAGUGUUUUCUGGAGAUGCGGUUGCGGGAUGCGUAUGCGAAGAAAUAUGAGAGGGAAAUGCCGAAUAUUCUCCUCCGGAAUGCGUAA